AUGGCGGCCGCGGCACAGAACGACCAGCACUACGCCAUCAAAGUCGCGGUCGAUAGGAACGAAGGCCAAUUCACAACCGGAGAAUGGGAGGUCGGCCUCUGCGGCUGCUGCACCGACUGCGUGCCCAACUGCCUCAUGACCUCGUUCUGUCCCUGCGUCAGCAUGGCUCAAAUCUCGGCUCGCCUGGGCAUGAUGGAGUACUGCUGUGCUCUGCUGGUCUACCUGGUGCUCUUGCCCGCCACCGGUGGCUGUGCAACUGCUGUGUGGCUCUGCAUGGCGCGGAAGGAGACGCGCGAGAGAUUCGAGAUCCCCGGCGGUUGCUGUGGCGACUAUUUGGCCUCCUUCUGCUGGGGCUGCUGCGCCAUGGCACAACCUCAAGAGCUACAAGCCUGGAAGCUGCGACUUCGGCCCGCAAGACACACUCCCGGCCUACGCGCGCGGCUAACGCGACAGCAAGAGACCGAGAAGACAUUUAUCAACCGUAAGGUAGCUGCAUUUACCUAA